GGCGGUUUAUAUGGUCGCGCGCGCGGGCCGCUGGCUGCAGACAAUACGCCUCUCGGUUCCAGCGCUCCGGGCGUCGCCACCACCGCCACCACCGCUACCGCCACCGCCACCACCUACGCGAGAGAAGAAAUGUCUCAAGCAAGACCUGUCUCUAGGAACCUCUUUUUUUUGUACACCUUCCUGCAAAAUCAUGGCCCUGGCUCCCUGCACGAGCAAGUUGUGGGGGUUCCCGGCGUGACGGUGACCGAUGUCUUGGAGUUCGAUCCUGAGAUCUCCCCUGACCGUGACAGCCUCCACGAGUUGGCCGCGCAGCUAGCCUCCACUGCCGAUGACAUGGAGCUGAGGUUCGUGCUAUGCCAGUUUGCUGAGCUGCCUUGGAUGGUCAUAUACAGCUUGUUUUUCACCUACAACCAGACAGGCCUGAGAGAUGUUUAUAGAAGUUUUAUGUAUGCUCUCACUAACCUUAGGGAGAACAGAAGGUUCCGGAACUUCCUGGCCGGCAGGGGCAGGGUAUUCCCCGGCCCGUGGCGCGAGAUGGUGCUGUCCCUGCUGCUGGGGGUGCUGCUCAGCUGUGGGUGCCGCCUCGUCCACUGACAGCUGCCUGUCGGUGUGGGGGCAGGGCUGGCCCCUCCCCCUCGACUACCACCCUGGAGGUGGCCUUGUUGGUUUUGUUGUCUUUUUAACAUUUCCUGAUGACUUUUUUUUUAAUUUAAACUCUGAGUGCUGGGACACGACUGAGAAUCAUACUAACUUUUUGUACGAGAGAUGAAUUCAUUAUACCUCUGGGGCUGUUACUGGUUAACGCGCCCGCUCUCCUGGCCCCAGUCUGCCUGUCCUGAGAAGGAGCCUUCCUCUCGUGGGUGGGUCAAGGAGCCGGCAGCGGGGGGAGUGCUGGUCACACCCCUGUGUCUGUGAUGCCCGUGGCAAAAAAAAAUCUACUGGAAUAGAUUUCUGUGGGGUGAGGAGAGCUCAAUAAAAUGUUGGUUUCCAGCCA